AUGUUGUCCGAGCCUGCGCUCCGCCGAGCCUUGAGCGACACUGAUGCUCUACGACACACUGAGAUGCGAGGUUUCAAGUUACAGCGAACACGUACUGUGGACAUCCUUCCAACGAGCCUUCGAUCCGAGGGCAUGCCCAUACCAGUCUCGGCUGCACAACAUCCAAUACCGGAGGAGGAUCUCGAAGCGGCCUCUGCCACCAUGGGCCUUGAAGAGGUGACCACUGUCCCGCUUUCCGGAAGAGUACGUCGCGAAAGCGCCGACUUGGAAGCACUAGAACGGAAGUCAAAGGUGCACACCCGAAGGAUCUCAGAAGACUGUUCGUCGUCAGAAGACGAACGAUCGAACUGGCCACUGCUCUACCAGAUGAUCGAUGUUCCUCCGGACACAGAGCCAAGCCAGUUUCCGGAGAAGGCGAGGAGGUCUUUGAUCAAGUUGAGUCUGAAACACGGCCCUCCUGCCCUGGAGGAGCAUCCGGAGGUGGAGGAACGGUGGGCUGUGAUCACAGGGGCGUAUGAUGCGCUGUCUCACCCCGGGCGGAGGAAGUUGUAUGAUAUGCAAAGCUCAUUGACAUGA